UUUACUUGGCAACACUAAUCAAAUUUGACAUUUAUUUGUCUGACGUGUAUGUUUUGCGGGUUUUGCGGUAAACAUAAUCGAAUAUUUUAUUAAUUAAAGACGUAAUACUUCUAUUCAAAUAAACCGACACCAUGAUCACCGACAUCCAACUGGCCGUGUUCUCGAACAUUCUGGGAGUCUCAAUUUUCUUAUUGGUCAUCCUUUACCACUACAUCAAUGCUAACAGCUCCAAAUAGAUGCAGGUGUGGCAACCUCUUCCAAUAUAAUCUACUAAUAAUGUAAGCCUCUAUAAUGUUAAUACAUAAGAAUUAUUUGUAAA